AUGGCUGAUGACCAUGCCUCCAAAGCGAUUUCCUGCUAUGGAGCGGGUAUCAACAACACUCCCAACCUCGACCGGAUAGCCAACGAAGGAAUGAAAUUCAAUCACUGCUAUGUCACCAAUAGUAUCUGCACACCUUCCCGAGCCGCGAUUCUCACCGGAACCCACAACCAUGUGAACGGUGUCAUGACCCUCGACUCCAAGAUCAACAAGCACUUACCAAAUGUAGCAAAGCACCUCCGUGUUGGCGGCUACCAAACCGCAAUGGUCGGCAAAUGGCAUUUGGGCGAGGGAGAGGACCACGAGCCCACAGGCUUCGAUUACUGGGAGGUAGUUCCGGGGCAAGGCGAAUACCACGACCCACAAUUUAUCGGACCGAGUGGGAUCGUGCGGGAAAGAGGCUAUGCAACAGACAUCAUUACAGACAAGAGUCUCAAUUGGAUAAAAGAGCGAGACACAACCAAGCCUUUUUUCCUUAUGUGUCAUCACAAGGCACCUCACCGCAGCUGGGAAUGUGAUUCCAAACACAAGGACUUGUAUAAAGACCCGAUCAAAGUGCCAGACACAUUCACAGAUGACUACAAAAACCGUGCCAAGUCUGCCGCCGCUUCCAAGAUGCGUGUUGCAGACGAUUUGACAUACAUGGAUCUGGGACUGGCACAACCAGAUGGACCAGCCCACAUCGUUGGAGAAAAAAUGCUGGAUACAUGGGAUUUCUACGAACGAAAGAUUCCCAAUCCGGAAGACGUUACCAAGAUGAAGUUGAUCGAUAAAGAGGACGGCACAGUGUUCACCUUCAAGACAAGCAAGGAGCUCGCCGAGUUCAAGUUCCAGCGGUAUAUGCAGCGCUACCUGCGCACAAUCCAAAGUGUUGACGACAACGUGGGUCGCGUGUUGGAUUACCUUGAUGCAGAAGGGUUAUCCGAGAAUACCAUCGUGAUCUAUACAUCCGACCAAGGAUUCUUCCUCGGAGAGCACGGGUGGUUUGACAAGCGACUUGUCUACGAAAACAGUUUCAACAUGCCCUUCUUGAUUAAGUAUCCACGGGAGAUUGCUGCUGGAAGCGUCUGCAACGAUAUCAUCUGCAAUGUGGACUUCGCGCCAACCUGGCUAGAUUUUGCCAAACUACGUCUGCCCACCUAUAUGCAGGGUGUGAGUUUCCGUGCGCUAUUGCAGCAGAAGACUCCUGCCGACUGGCAACAACUUGCCUAUCAUCGGUACUGGAUGCAUCGGGAUAUUAUCCAUGAUGCCCAUGCCCACUAUGCUGUACGGGAUACGCGGUAUAAGUUGAUUUAUUGGUACAAUGAGAGCUUCGGUAUUGAGGGAGCUCGGCUGGGUGGAGAAGAGAAGGAGUGGGAAUUAUUUGACCUUGAUGAGGACCCAUUAGAGCUAUUCAACUGCUAUCAUGAGUCGAAGUAUAGCGAUGUGGUGAAACAGAUGACACAUCUGCUUGAGCAAAAAAUGGAGGAAAUUGGCGAUGAACCUGUUCAUCCACGACACUGA